AUGUCAGUGGUUGACUAUGAAGCAGAUAUCUACCUAGACGCACGCCCCACUUACCCCGGCGAAUGGUACUCAAAACUCGCCGCUCUCUCUAACCACCACCACCUCGCCUGGGACGCCGGUACCGGAAACGGCCAAGCCGCAGUCGGCAUCGCGGAGCACUACGACAGAGUCAUCGCGACGGACGUGAGCGAGACGAUGCUAAACCUCGGGAAACCGCAUCCGAAAGUGACUUACCACCACACGCCGUCGUCGAUGACGGAAGACGAGACGGUGGAUCUGAUCGGAGGAGAGAACUCAGUUGAUCUUAUAACGGUUGCAACCGCCGUGCACUGGUUCGAUCUCCCGAAGUUUUACGCGAUCGCUAACCGUCUCCUCCGUAAACCGGGAGGGAUCAUCGCCGUGUGGAGCUACAACACGGACAUGGCGGUGAGUCCCGAGUUCGACUCGGUGAUGGCUCGGUUUAACGAGAAGACGACGCCGUAUUGGAAGUUCCCUGAGUGUCGGUAUUUUGUGGACGGUUAUAAGUCGUUGCCGUUUCCGUUUGAGAAUGUGGGCCUGGGCUUAGAGGGUAAGCCCAUGGAGCUGGAGAUGCAGAAAACGGUGUCGUUUGAAGGGUUCUUGAGGAUUCUGCGGUCCUGGUCUGCUAUUGGCGCGGCUAAGGAGAAAGGAGUUGAGUUGUUGUCGGAAGAUGUUGUGAAGGAGCUCGAGAUGGCUUGGGGUGGAUCCGAGUUGGUUCGAACCAUUGUUUACAAGACGUUUAUGCUCGCAGGAGCCGUUAGAAACUAA